GCAGAUCACCCCCCUCGUCUCCACGCCCAUUCAAGGUCAUCAUAAUAGUCCUAAAGAAGCAUCUCGUAUUUCAACUACUUUUCGCGCCGCCAAUCUCUAUAUGAUAUUAAAUCAAUUGCCAUUGUCCAUGAUAAAACCCGUCUGGAACGUGACCGCGAAAUUCUGUGGUUGUCAUCUAGAAUUGGAUCACAGGAUAUUAGCUAGUGAAUCAUCUACUUCUCCAUUUGCUACUUAA